GGAUUAUUUAAAUGAACGUUGAUUUCCUGGCUUCCGUUAUUACUCACGCUGGCUACCAACCACUUUCACCAACCACUCUUGCCUUCCACUCGCACCUCAAUAGUUCUCUCCAUUCCACCGCAACAUGGCCCGUUCUCAACGACAGGCAAGGUCAGAGUCGUAUGAAAACGAUUCACAGAUUGGGGAAGAUAGCUCCGACGACAGCAAUGAUGAGCAGUAUGACGCCGAUCUGACAGAGCCUGAUUUCGAUGAGGAUCAGCUCAAAGAUCCUGGUGAUGUUGCGCAACUUUUUGCAGACAAUGAACACUCCCCCGACUAUUAUCUACAGCAACUCUCAGAGUUUGAUGAGUCAGUGUAUACACGGGAAGAUUAUAGCAAAGGCACCACUGCCCUUCUUGACCAGGUCGAGGCUCGUUGGAAACAAUUUUGUACAUGUCUCCGCAAGGAUCCUGAACAAGAAUUUCAGAAGUUAUCUAUUGCCAUCCUGCAUACAUUUCUUGACUGGGCCUUGAAUUUGCGACGUGGCAAAAAUGGAAGACGGCUGCCUGGAAUCAAACGAAAAAGCUCACUGGAGACGUUCUGGAAGGUUUUUCGGUUGGUCUUCGAAAGAGCAACCUCAGAAAAGAUCGGAAGCCAGAUGAAUCGUCAAAUGCGCCGGGUGAUCCGCAAGUUAGCUCGGAAACAUAAAUUGUCUUGGAAAGGCCGCGAAAAGUCCACUAUGUUUGUGGAAGACCUGACCAUGGUCGUGGAAACGGCCAUCAGCACUACGAAGAAAAAGUUUGGACAUGGUCGGCAUCGUAUUGAGCUUUGCCUUUUCUUACAAUUGGCUGGGCUCACAGCCAACCGCCCUGGGGCAGUGCUGAGCCUGCGGUAUCGUCAUAUCCGAGUCAGUCUACUCCGAGAUCCCCAGGGUGGCCCUCACAGAAUCUUGAUCGAAUUCAAAUUUGAAUACACAAAGGGAUUCCUUGGCGCUAAGGACGAAAACACAUAUAUCCUGCCGGAGAUUAUAUUUGAUCCGUCGCUUGUUCUCAGUCCCCAUGUCUUCUUGCUAGGGCUCCUUUUUGCGGAUCGUGCCUUCAAGAGAGUUGAAGGAGAGGAGGUCCUGACAAGCACAGGGCAGCUUCCUCGCUUGCAAAUCCGGGAUGGUUGUAACGAGCUUCCAUUGCUGCUUGAUCCAACUCUGGACGACGUGCCUGUUUUUCGACAGACCGAGCGAAGCUUGCAAGGAAUCGGGAUUUCGGCCCAUAAAUGUUUGCCGUACUCAACUCUUCUUCCCUGGGUUAAGAGUAUUGGCACCAUUACUGGCUUUCGACAAGUUGCCCGUCCUUAUAGCCUUCGAUACGGGGCUGGUAAGGCGUUGGAUAACAGCGGAGCUGUGAGUGACUCACUUCGUAACCUGAUCAUGCACCACGCCGAUACGCGCACUUUCUUGAAGUACUACCUCGACCGACGGAUUGACAAGAACCUUCCUGCCAUUAUCCGAGGUCUGAAUCCUGAUGACGACAUUAUGCAUGCAGCUUGUCGCAUGAGCCGAACCAUUGACCCCGAUCGCCCACAAGAAUUAACGACCGCCCAAGCCUCCUCAGUCAAUGAAUGGCCUGAAAUUACUGCCCUCAUCCAGCGUCGCGAUGCAAUUCGCCAACAACUAAACCGUCCACUCUCACAGCACCGGGGAAGUCCGAUAUAUGAAAGCUAUCAAAAGCUGAAUCAGGAGAUCAAUAGUGCCAGGGAACGGGCAAGGAACACAUUGCUGUUGCAGGUUCAACAGAAAUAUGAUCAAGAGCAGCCUAUGUUAGAAGUACAGCGGCAGCUAUCCGAGACGAAACUGGCUGAAACGCUGACGACAAAGCUACGACACACGGAGGAGCUACCAGAACCUCAGAAACGGUUGAUCAAGUGUCUUUUAACUCUGCCCUCGCCGACAUUGGACCAAGAAAUGUGUCGACGCACUGAAGCUAUUGAUGCUGUCGCCGCUUACUGUCAAUUUGAAGAGGGUAUUACAUGCCGUUUGCCACAGAACAAAAGGGUUGAAAGCAAUGUGGCCGAAAACAGUUACGUCGAUGAUCAGAAGCUGAGAAGCGAAACGAUUGAGGUCAACGCUGAAUCGGCAAGCCCACUUGAAAAUGCUAUUCGAUCUGUCACAAAAGACCAUCGGCCCUUGUUUUGCUUUAUUUGUGUGGGACAGCAAAACCUAGCUCUCAAGAAGCGUGUGCAACAAUUCUCAUCGCAUGGAGAUGUUUCAAAGCAUAUCAAACGAAAGCAUCUACAGAACCUUGCAUCAAGCACUGUUAUUGCUUGCAACGUUUGCGAUCAAAAGUUUCCAGAAGUUAUGCAUUUUCAACGCCAUGCUAAUGAUUCUCACUCGACUGUGACCGGACCUCUAUGGUGUGCAGCAUCCAAGUAA